UAAAUGUGAUGUCAAAAAUAGUUCGUGCUAAUAAGUGAGGGCCUUUAUUUAUAUAUACCAUGGCCCAAAAACCUAGAUUGAUAGUGGGCGACUACAUUUGGGCCGAACCUGUGAAAAGGGGAGAAUUUGAUAUCCCGGUUGGAGGGAAAAUCGUAGGCAUUGAAUCAAGUAGGGUAAAAAUCGUCGAUGAUGAUGGCAUUGAACUGUACAUUUCUAACCAACAAGUACUCAAAACUAUGCAUGUAUCGUCUAUUAAUGGCGUGGAGGACAUGAUAAACUUAGGUGAUCUUCAGGAGUAUGCCAUAUUAAGGAAUUUACAUAAAAGAUAUAGAGAAAAGAAGAUAUAUACUUAUACUGGAUCUAUGUUAAUAGCAAUAAAUCCUUAUGAAGUACUGCCUAUUUAUACAAAUGCGUUGAUCAAAGAGUACCAAAACAAGAAAUUUGAAGAAUUACCGCCACACAUAUUUGCUAUUGGUGAUAAUGGUUACAAUAAUAUGAAAACUACAAAGAGGAAUCAGUGCAUUGUAAUUAGUGGAGAAAGUGGGGCAGGAAAAACGGAAAGUACUAAAUUAAUUCUUCAGUACCUAGCAUCAACCAGUGGACAACAUUCUUGGAUAGAACAACAAAUAAUCGAAGCUAAUCCCAUCUUAGAAGCUUUUGGAAAUGCUAAAACUAUAAAAAAUGAUAAUUCGUCUCGUUUUGGAAAAUAUAUCGACGUACAUUUCAGUAAAACGGGAAAUAUUGAGGGAGCAAAAAUUGAACAAUAUCUGUUGGAGAAAAGUCGCAUAGUAUCCCAAAGCGAUGGUGAAAGAAAUUAUCACAUUUUCUACAGUUUACUGACCGGACUAUCCAAAGACGAGAAAAAAAAAUUGGAUCUUGUUGAUGCUGGCUCCUAUGCUUAUCUCAGUGGGGGACGAACUUUAACUUGCCAAGGCAGAGAUGAAAAGAAAGAAUUUACAGAUAUUAUGGCUGCCUUUAAGGUACUAAAUUUUUCCGACAAGGAAAUAUCUGACAUUUUCUCGUUACUUGCAGCAAUUUUACACCUUGGAAACAUGAAGUUUAAAAGUGGAGCUGCUAAUCAUACAGAAACAUCCGAAAUAGUGGACAUUGCGCUAAACGAAAAAAUUUCGAAAUUGUUAGGUGUAAAUAAAUUCGAUUUAAGUGAAGCACUCACCAAAAAGACUAUUUUUGCACACGGUGAUCAAGUGGUAUCUCAUUUAUCAAAAGACCAAGCAUCUGAGUCAAGAAACGCUUUCGUAAAAGGAAUAUAUGGUCAACUAUUCAUUAUGAUUGUAGAAAAAAUUAAUUCCGUUAUAUCACACAGUAGAAUGUCAAAAAAUAGAAGUAUUGGAGUUUUGGAUAUAUUUGGCUUUGAAAAGUUUGACAUAAACAGUUUUGAGCAACUGUGUAUUAAUUACGCAAAUGAAAACUUGCAACAGUUUUUUGUCAACCACAUUUUUAAAAUAGAGCAGGAUUAUUAUGCUAACGAGGGGAUCAGUUGGGCAAACAUAUCAUUCGUGGAUAAUCAAGAUGUUUUGGAUUUGUUGGGAGUGAAGUCAUUAAAUAUAUUUUCUUUGAUAGAUGAAGAAUCAAAGUUUCCAAAAGGAACAGAUUUUUCUUUGUUAUCUAAAUUGCAUAAUCAACACAAUAAGAAAUCUUUAUAUCUCAAACCAAAAUCUGAUAUGACUCCCUCAUUUGGUAUUCAGCACUUUGCUGGUGAAGUUUUCUAUGAUAUACCUGGAUUCUUGGAGAAAAAUAGGGAUUCUUUUAGUCAAGAUUUGAAAAAUUUAGUAGCAAACGCUAAAAAUGAUACGUUGGCUACGGUUUUUAAAAAUGAAGUUAACCAGGACACAAAAUCUAAAAAAACGUUUACUCUUUCCUCACAGUUCCGGACAUCUCUGGAUUUGUUAAUGAAAACUUUGGGAGCGUGUCAUCCGUUUUUUGUAAGGUGUAUCAAGCCAAAUGAAGAUAAGAAACCACAGGUGUUUGACAGAAACUUAUGUACGAGGCAAUUGAGGUAUUCUGGUAUGAUGGAAACUGCUAAGAUACGUCAAGCAGGUUACCCUAUUCGAUAUACAUAUAAGGACUUUGUUGACAGAUUCAGAUUUUUGGGGAAACGCAUACAACCGUCCAGUAAAGGUGACUGCAAAGCCUCGACGGCUAAAAUAUGCACAGAAAUAUUUACAAAUGAACAAAAUUAUCAACUUGGUCACACAAAAAUAUUUUUGAAGCAUCAAGACAACGAACUUUUAGAAGAAUUAAGAAGCAAAAUUUUGGACAAGUAUAUCAAGACUAUUCAGAAGGCGAUAAAAGGAUGGAUUUACAGGCGGCGUUAUUUGAAACUACGUCAAGCUGCAAUAACCAUUCAGAAGUAUUUCAGAGCCCGAGGCUACCGUUCCAGAUAUUUGAUUAUAAAGAAUGGAUAUCAAAGACUUCAAGCCGCUAUUAUGUCGAGGCAGUUAACUUUCUUCUACACUAAAAUACGUAAGAACAUUGUUAAUGUUCAAGCAUUGUGUAGAGGUUAUUUAGUGAGACACAAAAACCAAUUUGGGCUUAUAUAUUCAAUUAUCAAGCAGAGGAAAUUUGACGAGGAAGAGCUUAGGAAGAAAGGAAACAAAAACUAUAAAGUAGAUGCCGAGAGAAUGAUGCAACAACGUCUUACAGAAUGUAAUCGGGAAUAUGUAGCUAAAUUGAAUGCCAUCGAAGAAGAAAACAAGAGGGCUGAAAAAGUGAUUGAUGAAGUCUUCGAUUUUUUACCUCCAAAUACACCUUCACCUUUAGAAAAUAAAGUAAACCUAAUGAACAGAGAAAAUAGUAUUAUAAUGCGAACUGGAUCUAUAAAUUCUGACGACAGUGACAUGCAAGAAUACAGCUUCCGAAAGUACGCCGCUACAUACUUCGCUAAAAGUGCCAAUUAUCAAUAUUCUAAAAAGCCUUUAAAGGACUCUCUACAUUAUCUACCUACUCCCGAUGAUGUCAUUGCAGCACAGGCACUGUGGUUAACAAUAUUGAGAUUUAUGGGUGAUUACCCAGAACCUAAAUUUGACAACCCUGUAAAAGACAACGAGUCCAUUAUGACAAAAGUUUCGCUAACUUUAACUAGGAGUUUCACUAAUAGAAAGGAAUAUCAAGAGAUUAUAAUGCACGAAAAGAGAUCAUUGAAAAAAUCUGAAAGGCAAAAGAUGAUAAGUAUGACGUUGAAACGAAAAAAUAAACUAUUAGAGGAUGUGAGAAAAGGUUUGGUGGAAGACACUUAUGCAGCAGAUAGUUAUAACGACUGGUUACAUAAUCGCAGGACCAAUAAUCUGGAAAAAUUACAUUUUAUUAUAGGUCAUGGUAUAUUGCGUCCAGAAUUAAGAGAUGAAAUAUUUGCAAUGUUGUGUAAACAGUUAACCAAUAAUUACACAAAAUCUUCCUACGCGCGUGGAUGGAUUUUAAUGUCAUUGUGCGUUGGUUGCUUCCCACCUUCCGAAAGGUUCAUUAACUACUUGAGAGCCUUUAUUCGAUCUGGCCCUCCAGGCUAUGCGCCAUAUUGCGAAGGAAGACUGAAUCGUACUUUCCAAAAUGGGGCACGUACGCAACCUCCUAGCUGGUUGGAGUUAAUGGCGACAAAAAAUAAGGAUCCGAUAAACCUCGAAAUUACUUUAAUGGAUGGCACAAUUCAGACAGUGGAGGUGGAUUCUGCUACUACUUCUGAGGAAAUUGUUAUUCAGAUAGCAUCUACUUUAAGUCUUAAAGAUGUGUUUGGAUUCUCACUGUUUAUAACACUUUAUGACAAAGUAAUGUCUCUGGGAAGCGAAAAUGAUCAUGUAAUGGACGCUAUUUCACAAUGCGAGCAAUAUGCUAAAGAACAGGGCCAGCAUGAACGAAACUGUCCUUGGAGAUUAUUUUUACGCAAGGAAAUGUUUACGCCUUGGCACGAUCCCGCUGAAGAUUCAGUGGCUACUAAUCUCAUUUACCACCAAAUUAUAAGAGGCAUUAAGGCUGGAGAAUAUCGUUUUAAUGUCGAAGCUGAUAUAACAUCAUUAAUUGCUACACAAUAUUACAUAGAAAAUGGUCCACAAAUAAACAAAAAUGUUCUUCAUACAAGAAUUGGAGAGUAUAUGCCCACCUAUUUAGUAAAACAGCUACAAAACAAUUUAGAUGAAUGGGAAAGUAAUAUUAUAAACGCUUUCUCCAAUCUUUUAUGUGUUAAACAACGAAUGUCAGAAACAAAAGCCAAAGAAUUCAUUGUAAAAUAUGCUAAAUCGACUUGGCCCAUACUUUUCUCCAAAUUCUAUGAAGUUAUUCAAAUUUCUGGGCCUGAACUUCCCAAAAAGACAAUGAUUAUAGCUAUAAAUGGAUCUGGAAUAUUUAUGAUAGAUGACCAAGAGCAAAUUCUCUUAGAAUUGACAUAUGCAGAUGUAUCUUUUGCAACAUAUGAACGUACGACACAAUCUACAAAGUUCAUUUUAAAUACGGUUAGAAAAGAAGAAUACGUUUUCCUUACUCUAGAUGCUCAAAACCUGUCAUCUCUUGUUCAGUACAUAAUAGAUGGUUUAAGGAAACGUUCUAUAUAUUGUGUCGCAGUUCAGGACUUCAAACAUCCAACAAAUGCGGAAUCAUUUUUGUCAUUUAAAAAGGGUGACCUUAUUACUUUAAAACAUGAUUUAAAUGGAGAAAAAUUAAUGACCACUACUUGGGGUUAUGGAGAAUGUAACAACAAAAUGGGAGAUUUCCCAACUGAAUGCAUAUAUAUUAUACCUACAUUGUCAAGACCUCCUUCAGAUAUUCUAACAGCAUUUAAGAAGGAGGGAUAUAUCGUUGAAAAAGAAUCUGCACCAAUAAUGAGUACAUUACAACGUAAUAAAUUAUACACGUUAGCACAAUAUGCGGAGGAGAACUUUAGAAGUGGGGGUAAAUUAACUAUAAGUAAAAAAUCUGUUUUACAGGCCGCUCGUAGGUCAUCAUACGAGAAACUUUGGAAAUAUACGAACGAGCCAAUUUAUCGACCAUUACUGCAAAAAUUAUUAUCAGACGAAAAAGCAAGCAAAGAAGCAUGUGAUGUAUUUACAGCAAUUUUGAAGUAUAUGGGUGAUUUGCCAGCACCCAAGGCUAAAUUCAGUAAUGAAUAUACUGAUCAAAUAUUUGGGGAAGCUUUAAAAAAUGAUUUGCUCAAAGACGAAGUGUAUUGCCAAAUUAUGAAGCAAUUAACAUUUAAUCGUUUGUCUUUAAGUGAAGAACGCGGCUGGGAAUUAAUGUAUUUGAUUACUGGUUUGUUCCUACCUAGCACUAAUUUACUUACAGAGUUACAGAAAUUCUUAAAAUCCAGGCAGCAUCCAUUCACAGAACACUGUCUUCAAAGAUUGCAAAGAACUCAGAAAGUAGGCCCAAGAAAGUUCCCACCUUAUUCCAUCGAAGUUGAAGCUAUUCAACACAAAAGCAUGGAAAUAUUCCACAAGAUAUACUUCCCUGAUGAUACUGAUGAAGCAUUUGAGGUUGACUCCAUGACAAGAGCUAUGGAUCUAUGCAAAACAAUUGGAUUAAGAUUAGGAUUGCGAUCGACAGAUGGUUUCAGCUUAUUCGUAGCCAUAUCUGAUAAAGUAUUUUCUAUGCCUGCAAAUGCAUUCUUCUAUGAUUUCUUAAGUGAACUUAUUAAUUGGAUGAGAGCUAAUAAACCAAGUUGGGGAAGCGCUGCUCCAAUUCAAGCUCAAUAUCAAGUAUUUUUCAUGAAGAAACUUUGGGUUAACACCGUUCCAGAAAAAGAUCUAAACGCUGACCACAUAUUCCAUUACCAUCAAGAAGUUCCUAAAUACCUUAAGGGUUACCACAAAUGUAGUAAGCAAGAUGCGAUUAAGUUAGCUGCACUUAUACUUAUUGCCCGGUAUGAAGAUAACAUCUCUGAUGUGCAGUCAGCAAUUCAGCAGAAUUUGAAAGAAGUAAUUCCAAUAGAUAUUAUUAGAGCAGCAAGUGCUUCCGACUGGAAAAAACUUAUUCUAGCUGAAUAUAGAAAUACUAAAUUAAAUAGUGAAGAUGCUAAAACCUUGUUCUUAAAAACUAUAUUUAAAUGGCCAACAUUCGGUUCCACAUUCUUUGAGGUCAAGCAAACUACUGAGGCGACUUAUCCUGAAAUUAUAAUUAUUGCCAUUAAUAAACGAGGAGUUAAUAUUAUUCAUCCUCAGACCAAAGAUAUUUUAGCUACGCAUGAAUAUUCGGAGUUAAGCAACUGGUCAUCAGGAAACACAUACUUCCAUCUUACUAUCGGUAAUAUUAUGAGAAAAACUAAACUUCUUUGUGAAACAUCACAAGGAUACAAAAUGGAUGAUUUAUUAACCUCAUAUACUGCAUAUCUCAGAAGUGAGAAAGAGAAAGAUAAAGUUAUUUUGUAAUAUAUUGAAUUUAUGAUUAUUGUGAAAUACAAAUAAAUAUUUUAUAGGUACUUUA